AUGCCUGUUACUGAAUUUGCGAGGCUCGAGUUCGUAAAACCAAAUGACUUAUUCUCACCGCACCUACUCCCUCUUUUCACAAAAGUCUCCGAGCUCCAGGCAGCGUGGUCGGGGUAUCCCCUUCUUUUCUACCGAAAUAUCAACAAGGAGGAUGAAUACUUCUUGAUCUCGGGAUGGAGAGACGUCCCUGCACAUGAAGCGUGGAUGAAGAGCGAACAGAACCAGGGGUUGCUGAAGGCGUUGGGCUCCUCCGUCGGUGCGAUCGAUCUGAUACACCUCGACAUAGACUACGGCCAGAUGCCGAGGGAUUUGGAUACUUUGGUGUUGGAACAAAGUUCUGGAGAGUCUGAGGUCGGCAAGGGCACCGGGGGCGACAAUUCUGAUUGGCAGGCGAUCGGGAAGGAUGUCGAGGGAAAGCGAGACACCAUUUUCCAUUUCGCUGGGUAUCGCGUUGGAGGAGAAAUAGGUACACACGAAGGUUCUUCUAUUUUGUCCCGUGUUGUGGUCUAG